AUGUCAAAUAUUGUCAAUUACAGACUUCGAAUCACUCUAUCCGAUUCACGUAUUUUGACUGGUCAAAUGUUGGCCUUUGAUAAACACAUGAACCUCGUUUUGGCUGAUUGUGAGGAAUUCCGUAAAAUCAACAAGACCGCCAAAGAUAAUUCAGCAGCAAACCUCGAACAAAAGAGAACAUUAGGUCUCGUCAUUUUAAGAGGUGAAACCAUCGUCAGCAUGUCUAUCGACGGUCCUCCUCCUCCAUCUUCUGAUGAUAUUAGAUCUAGAGGUCUUGGCUUAAUGUCUGGGCCUGGUAUGGGAAGACCUAUGGGUCGUGGUUUACCUGCCGCUCCUCCCCCAAUGGGUGCUCCUAUGGCUGGCCUUUCUGGUCCCGUUCGUGGUGUUGGCGGUCCUGCUCCUGGUAUGAUGCAACCCAGACCUGGUUAUCAAGGUGCUCCUGUCGCUUAUGGUCGUCCUCCUAUGCCCGGUAUGCCUCCACAAGGUAUGCCUCCACAAGGCUUCCGUCCUCCUCCAGGUAUGCCUCCCAUGGGUUUCCGUCCUCCUCCUGGUAUGCCUCCCCCAGGUUUCCGUCCUGGCAUGCCUCCUCAAGGUUUCCCUGGUGCUGGAAGAGGUGCACCACCACCCGGUUGGAACCAACGUCCUCCUCCACCUCAAUAA